UUGAAAAUUGUGAUUUCAUGGAUUGACGGUCUUUAUAUAUUUGGUGUAAAACAAUCGUUAAUACACCAUGAUCUCUGGAUGGAAAAUGUUGGUGCUUUGCAUUCUGCUAUUUGCUGUUUUGGCAGCAGCUAAGAAAGGCAAAAAGUCUACAACAAAGGGAGUCCCGAAAAAUAAAGAAAACGCAGUAGAAAAGGAUUCGGACACAGGUAUAGACUACUGUGAUUCCUCACUGUGUAAUCCCGGACAAAAACAUGUGGCUUGCAAUGCUACACACGAACUACAUAAAAAGUGUUCUCUUAGCGCUGAGCUAGUGGUCAUAAACAAUAAGCUUGAAAAAUACAUUAUGAAAGUUAUUAACGAAUUGCGGGACAAAGUGGCCAAAGGCGGUUUCAACGGAUUAAGCCCGGCUGGUCGUAUGGGAACCUUGAAAUGGGAUCUGGAACUGGCCCACCUAGCCGAGUUCAAUGUUUUGGAUUGUGUCAUGAGGACCGACGAGUGCCGGAACACAAAACAAUUUAAGAACGUUGGCCAGACUGUUGGCUACCGAGCUGUUAAGGGAAACAUCCCAGAGCUUGAGGACAUUCUCAAGGAUAUUUUAGGCGUGUGGAUGCGAGAGAACGCAGGAGCUUCGAUGUUGGACGUUAUGAAAUAUAAAAAACGAGAAAAAGGGCUGCCUAAGUACAACUUUUUACAGAUCGUCACAGAGGACACUGAAUAUGUGGGAUGUGCUAUUCUUCAGCAGUCCCGAAACCACUGGUUCCAAACGUUCUUCACGUGCAACUUUGCUAACGCUCCAAGAGUGGGACGACAAGUCUACGAGACCGGCCAAGAUGCGGCAAAGGCUUGCAAGUCCGGAUUCAAUCCAAGAUUCGAAAAUCUCUGCUCCGAGGUGGAGACCUAUGAGACGACUGGAUCAAAUUCGACUGGUGAAAAUAAAGACAACACCGCAAAAAAAGAAGACUUUGUGGACGAUGCCGCUCCGCCUAGAAUAAAAGCUAGAGAUGGAUCACCUGCAGGCGAAGGAGCACCAGCUCCACCAGCCGAAGGGGUACCAGACGAUUUACCACCGCCAGCAGAUGGAACAACCGCGGCACCAGAAGGAGGCGCAGCAGCUUCAACAGUCACUCAAGCACCAGAAGAAGCAUCUCCUGCGGCCGAAGGUGCGACACCAGCAGCAAAUUCCGGUUCUCCAGGAGCGUCCGCCUCGGCCAAGGAUGAUAGUGAAGUUGAGGAUAUUUUGGAACAUAAUACAGCCUUCGACAAGGAGGUGGUGCAGAAAAACUUCGUCCGCUUCUUGAUGCUAAUGAAGCGGGCUGAGAUGAGCCAGGGUCGACGCAAGAUCGUGAUCACAACCAGCAACCAUGACGUGGAAGAUGAACGUACGAAGAAAGAAAAUGUGGAAGAUCAUUUAAGUCUUAGAACAUUUGAGAAAGCUGCCUACAAAAGGAUGAACAAUCGUCGCGCACGCAUGCGACGCAGUGGAAUUGUGGGAAGAUCGAUGCAUCGCCGGGGGAGAGCAAAGCGAGAGAAGUGGCGGGAAUCGCAAGCGUCAAAUCAGCCCCAAUUGGCCCCCAAAAUGGAUUCACAUAUAAUAAAACUUCCGAUCUAAAUGUCUUAAUUUUUAAAAACAACUUAAGCAAAAAGGAUUGUAAAAUUCGAAUAUAAAAAUAAAGUUAACAUAGUAUCAAUGCAA